CACGCUGAACUUCUCCAGCGUCUCUGGAAGUGUGUGACACAACCUGAAGGUUCUAAAGGAAAGGAACAGGUCCAGACUUCGGCUUGAGCAUGAAGUUGAUUCUGCUGAGCCUCAGGCUGCUGAGUCUGGCCUGCUUGUGGCCCGUCACGCUGCUCAAUCACCGCCACCCAAACCGCAGGAAGAACAAGGACGUGUACCUUGGAGAACAUAACAAGCACAAACAUGCCGGCCGGAUUGACUACAAGCUGAAAAAGCAGGACAGCACCAAGUCUCUCCUGAUCAAAACCGAGCAGCUGCUGAGGAUCGAGGAACACGACUUCGCCAUGAGACCAGGAUUUGGAGGCUCAGCCAUUCCCGUAGGCAUCGACGUACAGGUGGAGAGUUUAGACAGCAUCUCAGAGGUCAACAUGGACUUCACCAUGACGCUCUACCUGAGGCAUUACUGGAAGGACGAGCGUCUGGCUUUUCCCUCGGGCAACAACCUGAGCCGGACGUUCGACGCUCGGCUGGUGAAGAAGAUCUGGGUUCCUGACGUCUUUUUCGUCCACUCAAAGCGCUCCUUCAUUCACGACACCACCAUGGAGAACAUCAUGCUGAGGGUUUACCCAGACGGCAACGUGCUUUAUAGCGUCAGGAUAACAGUGACGGCUCAGUGCUCCAUGGACUUCAGCAGUUUUCCUCUGGACACUCAGAACUGUUCCCUGGAGCUGGAGAGCUACGCUUAUAAUGAAAACGACCUCAUGCUGUACUGGAAGAACGGAAACGACUCUCUCAGAACAGACGAGAUCGUUCUCUCGCAGUUCUUUAUAGAGGAGUUCAACCCGUCCAGCGGCCUGGCCUUCUACAGCAGCACCGGCUGGUACAACAGACUCUACAUCAACUUCAUCCUCAGGAGACACAUUUUCUUCUUCAUGCUGCAGACCUACUUUCCCACCAUGUUAAUGGUGGUGCUCUCCUGGGUGUCCUUUUGGAUCGACAGACGAGCCGUACCUGCUCGUGUCUCGCUCGGAAUCACCACCGUCUUGACCAUGUCCACCAUCAUCACUGGCGUGUCAGCCUCCAUGCCUCAGGUGUCCUAUGUAAAGGCGGUGGAUAUCUACCUGUGGUCCAGCUUCCUGUUUGUCUUCCUGUCAGUCAUCGAAUACGCUGCUGUCAACUACUUCACCACCGUGGAGGAGAUGAAGAAGAUGAAGAAGGGGAAGCUCUCCAGUUUCGACACUUCCCAGGCCAUGGCCUUCGAUGGCUGUUUCCAUGACCCGGACAUGGAACUCAGCACCUUUCCUCAGCUGACGGACCUCGGUGUGGAAGCUCCCAUGUCUUCUCAGAACUCCAGCGUUCCCGAGGUUCCUCCUGCUCUGGGAACACGUCUACGGAAAACACGACCGCUGAGAUACCACCUCCAGCUGCUCAUGAGCAACAGCUACAUCAUUGACUCAUACUCCAGGAUCCUGUUCCCUCUCGCCUACCUCACCUUUAACAUCAUCUACUGGAGCGUCUACACCUGAACCUUAAACACAACCUGAUUUCAGGUGAAGAAGCUCGUCAUGACGCUUCUUUCACACGAACGUG